AUGGGAAAGAUAUGUCAGCUAGUCAUGGGCCCUGCUGGAAGUGGAAAAUCGACCUAUUGUCGCACAAUGAUGACACAUAGCCAGUCGAUCAAACGCAACUUUCAUUUAGUGAACCUGGAUCCUGCAGCCGAACCUUUUGAAUAUGAACCAACUGUUGACAUUCGAGAUCUCAUUUCUUUGGAUGAUGUUGUCGAAGAACUCCAGUUUGGUCCGAAUGGAGGACUCAUAUACUGCAUGGAAUUUCUUGUAGAAAAUAUGGAUUGGUUUGAAGCAGAAUUACAGGAUUACGAAGAUGACUAUCUUGUCAUUGAUUGUCCAGGCCAAAUUGAACUGUACACUCAUUUCACCAUUAUGAGGCAGGUCACGGAUAUGCUACAACGAUUGGGAUACAGAGUCUGCGGAGUGUAUAUUCUCGAUAGCCAGUUUAUUGAAGACUCGACCAAAUUUUUCGCAGGGAUUAUGAGUGCCAUGUCGGCCAUGCUGCAACUUGAAGUUCCGCAUGUGAAUAUCAUGACCAAAAUGGAUUUAGUUUCCAAAAACAAGUCACACUCUGAGCUUGAAAGGUUUUUCGAUGUAGAUUCAUCUUUGCUGCUUGAGGAUGCCAACAGUGUCACACGACCUAAAUUCCACAAUCUAAAUCAAGCGCUGGUUCGGCUUAUUGACGAAUACAGCAUGGUCAGCCUACUUCCACUCAAUAUCAAGGAUGAAGAUUCAAUUGCUAAUAUUCUCGAGCAUAUUGACCAUGCCGUACAGUAUGGUGAGGAUUUAGAGCCCAAGGAGCCCAAGGAUGACGAAUUUGAAGAGGAAGGAGGAUACGGAGAUCGGGAUUAAACUCGGAGGCUUUUAAGCAGCAU